UGGGGCACGUGAGUCAUAGGACUCAGGCGUCCGGCCGAUAUCUCCCCCCUCCUCUGGUGACCCUGACAUUGAGCCCGGCCAUGUGGCGAGGGGGAUCGAGAUCAAAAGUGUGGGGGGGAGCCAUGGGGGGAGCUGUAGGAAUGUGGCCCCCCCUUCCUCGCCCAGCUGUUUGGGGGACAGUGACCACCUCUCCCGCACCAUGGUCACCCACAGUGGAGACCAACUUUGGAUUCUCCCACCCACCCACUCACUCCUGGGGGAGCCCUGGGACCUGGGGAGGGAGUGUCUGGGAUUUGGGGGGGGACAGGAGGGUGGGGUUCCCCAGGGCUUGGUCCAGGAUUCCCCUCCUUGGGAAGUUUUCUUGACAGUCCCACAACUGAGAGGAUAUGUCGGGUUGGCGGGGAAGAUUGUGGGGGGUGGUUCUGGGUACCUCUGUGAGACCAUGUGGCUGUGUGGCUGUAUCCUUGUGGCUGUGUGUGUCUGCAUGUGACUGUGUAUCAGUAUGGCUGUAUCCUUGUGGUUGUGUGAGUGUGUGUCUGGGUGUGACUGUUUAUUUGUAUGGCUGUAUCUUUGUGACUGGGUGUCCCUGAGUGUGACUGUAUCUGCCUGACUGCAUCUUUGUGGUUGUGUGUGGGGAUGUGUCUGGGUGCAAUUGUGCAUCUGUCUGGCUGUACUGUGGUAAUAUUUGUGUGUCUCUGGGUGCGAUUGCGUGUGCGUAUCUGCGGUUGUGCAUCUGCAUCUCUGAGUGUCUAUAUCUUUGUGAUGGUGUGUCUCUGGGUGGCGGUGUGUAUCAAUAAGCCUCUAUCUGGUGUGUGCGUGUGUCUUUACAUUUCCCCUCUCCCCUGGACAUAAAUGAUUGCCAAUUAACUCCAGCUAAUUAACGCCUCUCUGGCCUGGUCAGAGCCAUACACACAAGGGGUUGGCUUCCCCAGCUGUGUCUCUGUGGCCUUGUCUCUAGACAAUCGAGCCCUGUUGGAACCUGGCCGCAGGGCGUCCCGUUAACCAAGAUGGUGCUCAAGGCGGCCACGCAGGUCAUGUUUAGCAGAACUACGUCUGGCCAUGGGUCGGCCCCACUGGGUUAGCCGUGGCCAGCGGAGGCUGGAGGCCGCCAGCCCCGCGUCCAUACCUGGCCGGGGGUGUCUCGUUGUCUGACUCCACACCUGUGUCUUUGGGCGCCUGUUUCUCCAGGGGUGUCUUUCCCUCUUUCUGUCUAUGUUGGGGGCUGCCUGACUGUGUAUGUGUGUCUGUGUCAUGUGUGUGUCCUUCUUUGGGGGGGUCUUUGUGUGUGUGUGUGUUGGGGAUUGCCCAUGUGUGUGUGUCUGUCUGUUUCUCUGGGGCUGUCUUUUACCCUGACUCUGCCCUCUCUGCCUGUAUCUCUGUCUGACGGGUGUGUGGGGAGGCGUCUGUCUGCGAGUGUCUCUCCCCCGCCUGUCGCCUCUGGAUUUCCAGAGCACGGGGUUGUGUUGUAACCCCCUUGCGACACUCUGGGCAGGCUGAGGGUGGGGACAGGCUGUGCCAGGAAAUAGGCCAAGUCCACCCAGGGAGAGCAGAGGUGAUACCGGAGUGAUGGGCCCAUGGAGGGGAUCUGAUGUGGGGCAGGAUGCCAGGGUGAUGGGCCCAUGGGGGAGGAUCUGAUGGGGGCAGGAUGCCAGGGUGAUGGGCCCAUGGAGGGGAUCUGAUGGGGGGCAGGAUGCCAGGGUGAUGGGCCCCUGGGGGAGGAUCUGAUGGGGGGCAGGAUGCCAGGGUGAUGGGCCCAUGGAGGGGAUCUGAUGGGGGGCAGGAUGCCAGGGUGAUGGGCCCAUGGAGGGGAUCUGAUGGGGGGCAGGAUGCCAGGCAGGCCGUGGGUCUGAGCCCAGCCGAGCAGACCGUUGCUGAUGUAACGGGGCUGCAAUCCUGCCGUGUUUUCCUGACUCAUGGUGAUGUCACCGGUUUGCGUCAGCCCCACAAACCCCCUCCCCCUGCUCGGGCACCGAGAGGCACCCCGGCCCCUUGGAGCAACUUUAACCCCUCACUGCCCGGAGCUCCCCUGGGAUCCAGCCCCUCAAGCCCCCUGAGCCCCAUUCCCCAGCCCCCCUUGGUCUCCCUGGCUUCAACCCCCCCCCAGCGUCUCACAGGCGUCCUGUCCCGCCACAGGACAAGCCCUGCCAUGAGAGAGGAGGUGGAGACAGGCGCCUGGUUCCUGUCACGCCUGGUGAACCGGCACGGCCGGCUGGACGAGGGGCGCAUGGAACAGUUCGGGGAGCGCCUGGCCGCCAUCCUGCAGGAGAGGUACAGCCGGCACUGGUACCCCGAGAACCCCGCCAAGGGGCAGGCCUACAGGUGUAUCCGCAUCAACCGAUGGCAGCGGGUGGACGAGUCGCUGCUCCGGGCCUGCGCGGGCUGCGGGCUGGAGUACUCGGAGCUGGCGCUGCCGCGGGAGCUCUCGCUCUGGAUCGACCCGGGGGAGGUCUGCUGUAGGCUCGGGGAGAACAGCCAGUACUUCACGGUGAGCCCCUCGGAAAGGGGCGGCGGCAAAGGGACCCCGGAGCCCGAGACAUCGGACUAUCACUCGGAGUCACCGUCGGAGAGCUCCUCGGAGGACGAGGGAUCAGUCCGGCCCUCUCCAGCACCGGCCCCAGCCCCGAGUAGACCCACCCUGCGGGAGCCCGGCAAACAGGCCGCCGAGUUGUUCUACGUCCCGGCCCCCAUGUGGGUCCCCUGCACCGCCCAGCGCCUGGUCAGCUACAUCCCCACCUACCAGCCCCUCACCUUCUACUACGUCAGCGUCGGAGCAAAGCCCUCGCCGGCGAAGAGAUCCAACCCCGACCGGCUGCGGCGCCUCACCCACCGGGCUGCCAAGGCUUAGGGGUGGGGCAGGGAGAGGGGAGAGCCCCCAGCCCCUCUCCCUCCUGCCCCCCCAUCCCUUCCCCCCCAAUGAUCUCCACCACACUCCCAGGUUGAGACUGGGGGGAACUCACCACAGCAGUACAAACAGCGCCACCUGGUGGCCACGCAGCAAGCCAGGCUGGAAACGGCUGGAAGUCGGGGAUGUCCUGCCUCCAUCCCCCUGCCCAGCUGGCAUCUUAAGGGUUAACAGCCCCUCUUCUCGAGCAGGGGGUGUGGCCCCAUGGCCGUGGGGCUGAGCCAGUUGAGACUCAGUAUCCUACGGGCCCAUCUACACAGGCAAAGCGCACGGGCAAACUUGCUAUGGAAGGGAAGCCAGGACGCCUGGGUUCUAUCCCCAGUGCUGGGAGGAUAGUGGGGUCUACUGGUUAGAACAGAGGGGGCUGGGGGCCAGGACUCCUGGGUUCCAUUGUCAGCUCUUCUGACAAAAAAACCAAGCGCCCGCGCACACAGACAAAACCACCAAAUAUGUGCCUCAGUUUCCCCGUCUGUAAAACUGGGAUCACAACACUCACCUACCUCAGAUUGGUGCCGCGGUGCAAACAAACGCAGGGGCACUUUAUAAAGGCUUUUUCCGUGCUGCUUUGCCGGGCAGGGGAAAGGAUUAUUCUAAUGAUUUUAAUAUAUAUGCUGUAAAUAGCGAACCGCUGGUAUUUAAUUUAUGGAAGCAGAGAGAGCUGUUUAGCAGGGAGGUGCUCGGG